AUGGCGACAUCACUGAGUCCAUUCGUUUACUGGGGACAAUCAAAAGAGAAUAUUUCUUUGAAAGUUGACCUGAGAAGUGUGGAGAAUGUUGAGGUGUCUUUAACUGAGGAAGGUCUGGAUUUCAGUGCCCAGGGUCAAGGAAUAAAGGGCAUAAACAUCUAUAGCUUUCACCUGGACUUUUAUUUACGUGUCAACCCUGAGAAAAGUCGAUAUCGUAAAACUGACACUGCGGUGGAGUUUCAGAUAGAAAAAUCUGUACCUGAGACCUGGCCAAGACUUACUUCUGAGAGAACUAAACUCCAGUGGCUGAAGAUUGAUUUUGACAAAUUCAUGCAAGAUGAAUCUGAGCUUGAAGAUAAUAGUGACGACGCUGCAACAGAUAACUCACAGAAAGAGCUACUGGAAAAACUUGCACAAGAUAUCGAGACUGAUGAUUCAGAAGAUGGCCCAUCUUUGUCUCAGGUUUAUUUAUUUGUCUACAACUUGUUCCAGUUUGUGGGUUACACGUAUAUUUUGGCCAUUCUUAUCUACAACUACAUCAGAUAUGGACAGUCUGCCAAACAAGGAGCCUAUGAGAGUGUUGGCUCACAGAUGACAGUCUGUAAGAUUGUAUCAAUUCUUGAGAUCUUUCAUUCACUGUUUAAGUUGGUCAGGACAAAUUUGCAAGUAACAGUAGUACAGGUGGCAGGACAAAAUUUUAUACUGUUUUUCCUAGUGAUGCAGGAACCUAGACUGCAGAUCUCACCUUUGUGUUGGUACCUAUUUGUUGCAUGGUCAGCAAUAGAGGUUGUCAGGUACCCAUAUUACCUGUUGCAGUUGAUGAACAUAGAGCUGAAAUUUAUAACGUGGCUUCGAUAUACCUUGUGGAUGCCACUGUACCCUUUUGGAAUUCUGACAGAAGCCACCAUCACAUUUCAGUCCAUCACAUACUUCUCUGAGACCGGCUUUCUCAGUAUCACAUUACCAAACUCAGCAAACUUUGCUUUUUAUUUUCCAUAUUUCUUGAUGGUCUACCUAGUCCUGCUUUGUGUUGCUGGCAGUAGUAAUUUGAAGCACAUGCUUGCACAGCGACGUAAACAGUUGUCCGGUCGUGGGAAAGCAACAGCUUCAAAGAACAAGUCAUCUUGA